AUGGCUGGCAGACGUCGUAGACGACGUAGGUUUCGGAGAUAUCGCAAUCGACCGUCAAAAAGGGUGAUACGAGAUCGACUGAACCCCUUAGAAGCCUACACAGACGAUGAACUUUUUGACCGCUAUCGAUUUAGGCAGGCUUCAGUCGUGUAUUUACUGGAUUUGAUAGGUGGGACUUUGAUAGAUAGUACAAAAAACAAUGCCUUACCUCCGCUUUUACAGCUCUUCGUGUGUCUGAGGUUCUUUGCGACAGGCGCCUAUCAUAAACUAAUAGGUGAUAGCAUGAAUGUGUCUGAGUCAACUGUCGGUAGAUGUUGUAGAUCAGUCACUAAUGCCAUCCUUACUGUCAGACAACAAUUCAUUGUUUUCCCUAGAGACGAACAAGCACGGAAAACGAAGCAAGAGUUCAUCAAAAUUGCCGGAUUCCCGAACACACUGGGAUGCGUUGAUGGAACAUUCAUUAGAAUUAUGGCUCCAACUGAAAAUGAACCGGAUUUUGUGAAUAGAAAGGGAUUCCAUUCUUUGAAUGUACAGAUGGUUUGUGAUGCCAACUUCCAAUUCACGAGUGUGUGUUCCAGCUGGCCCGGUAGUGUCCAUGAUAGCAGGAUUUGGCGGGAAUCAUUCCUUUGUCGACAAUUCGAAAGAGGUGAACACAAUGGCAUUUUGUUGGGCGAUUCUGGAUACCCCUGUCGACGCUAUUUAAUGACACCAUACCUCAACCCGCAGACAAACGCUCACCAACGGAGGUUUUCCUGUCUUCAAGGAACUCUGAGAACGGCCCCUGAACAGGCAGUAGCAUACGUUGUCGCUUGCGUCAUCCUUCAUAAUCUUGGGAUUCGAACUGGUGAUGUGAUGGAUAGAUUGGACCAGCAAGAGGAUGCAUUUGAUCCGACGGCCCAUCAAGUUGUGUGCAAUUCUCCAGAGGGAAGUCACUUGCGAGACUAUAUCGCACAGACGUAUUUCGGGUAGAGCUACAUGUAGGUCAUUUUCAAGUGGUUGACGGUUUAUAGUGACAUAUGUUUCAGAAUUUCAUUUGAUAUACUGAAGUACAUGCGUUUAUUUAUUGUUUAAAAAAUAAAUAUUUCACAUUUACUGAUCCCAAUUCAAGAGUUUGUGAUCUAUUCAGAGCCUCUCAAAAGUAGUAAGUCAUUGACACACAGGGUUUAUGAUGAAUUCUGGAAAUUCAGAACUUAAU